GAUUAUGGAAAAUUUAUUACGAGAAAAACUAAUUAGUGUCUUUCCUACAAUGGAUUCUCAAGAAGUUACUAAAGUCAUCAAUGGUUUAUUGUUGCUAGGCCUUGAGACGGAAGGGGAUUUAAAAUAUUUAAAAGAGCAAGACCUAAUAACAUUGCUUCCUCCAAUUAAGUCUAGACGUUUUUUGUCUGUUUGUCAACCAGUUGAACUAUUACUAACAAAUGCUCCAUCAUCUUUAAGUUUGAUCUCUCCAGAACCCUCUAAUUCAAGUAUUAUUACAUCUUCAGAUUGGGCCCAAUCGUUUAUUGUAAACUGGGAAAAGUUUCCGUUAGAUUUUUUGAAAGAUUUAAACAAUAAGAAAAAGCCUACUGAGUCAAAUAUCCGACAAAUGGUUGGAUUAUUAAUGAGUGAUGUAUUUUUGUUUGAUCGUAAGCCAAGUCGACAAAAUUUGCGUAUUGUAGCUCAAAAGGUUGUUUCAAGAUUUCCUGAUUCAUUUGUAGAUGAAAUAAAUGGAAAAGUAAUAUCCAAUGGAGUUGAAACAUUAAUGUUUAGGAUGGAAUCCAGAAAAGAAAAUGCAAAUCGAAAUGUUUCUUUUUCAAGUACACCUGUUAUAUUAACAAAAAGAAUGAAGUUAAAUGUUCAUAGUAUUGAAAAUUGGGACCCAAAUUUAUCUAGUCAAUCUGUAGAGUUAAAAAAUACCAAGGAACAGCUUCAACAAAUCUAUAGAAUUUUGCCUUGAAAUACAAAUGAUGUUAAAAAAUUUAUGUCGGAUACUUAUUCACUGCAGCGUCAAACAAUAAAUGCUGUCAUUCCUUUUGCAGAAGUAUUGAUUGAAUGGCCGUUUCUAUCUCAAAUAGAAUACCUUCAGGACCAUUUUUCCACUCUGAUGAAUUUUUCAUUAAUGGAAAGGUUAAAUAGUACAAUCAGCACCAAAUCAAGUCUUAUUUACAAUUUUUUUUCAAUUAAUUGUAGUAAAGAUUUAGUUAAGCAAGUUCUGCUUGAAGCAACAGUCAUAUGCAUGGAAAAUGGGGGAAUUGCACGAGCUGUUUGUUUGGCGUGGCUACCUUUGCUUAUAGCUUAUUUUGGUGAUAAAACUGAUCAUUUGUUACAAUCAGUAAAUCGUUUAGCAUCAAUUCAAGAAAUUGAAGAAAAUUGUCCAACAUCACAUCCUAUAAUUGUUGUAAAAGGAACUUGGUUUGAUUCAGAAAAUUUUUAUAUUUUGGUGGAAAAGAAAGUGUGCUAUACCUUCACUGAUGCUUUGCCAGCCAUUGGGGCAUUGUUUGCUGUUCAUUAUGUAAUGAAUAUGCAAUAUCAUCCAAAUGUUUUUGCUUCAUUAGAGUUUAUUCAAAGAUACAUGGUCGACUACAAUCCUGAUAAAGGGAAAAGAAAUGCUAAAGGAAAGAAAAAAGGAGCACUCAUUUGCCCACGCAUUGUCACGUUAAUUCGAGAAUUAAAUAGUUUUGGUUUGAACUCUGUUUGAAUAAAAGUUUUUAGAAUUAGUA